AUGCUAUAUUUAUCGAUUAUAUUCGGAAUUUCGAUAAUCUUAACACUAUUCGCUUUGAUUCUCAAUCAUUUCAUCGCAAAACACUGGGGACCAUCCAAACAACUCGCACUUUUUCUCAAAUUCGCCACUGGUCUCACUAUAAUUGCCCUACUUUGUGCUAUCAUAUUGUUUUCGAUAAUUAAAUCGCAAAAAGAUGCGAUGGAAAUUGAGAAAUUGUCAGAGACAAUGCAAAAAACUGAAAAUUAUUUGAAAGAUUCGCAUGAAAAAUUGAAUGGGAUUUCAACGACCAACUUGAAAAUUGCUCAUAAAAUCAAUGUUUCAAUGGUAUCAGCAGAAAUUCUAGAUAUUAUUGACAACCGAACUGAUUUCAGUGCGCUAAAAUCGGUAAGUUCAGCGAAAUUCGCAAAAAAAAAACCACAACGAAAAAAAAACAAAAAAACUGCACAAAAAUUCGAAAUCAUCGCAAAACAGUGUGUGAAGUGAAGAGCGCGCAGAGAAAAAGGCGUGUGCAGUGGGGCGAAUUUGCUGCAUUUCCCUGUUACUUUUCGGUUUUCAGACAACCGACGACGUUGAUGAUUUACUGGUCAAAAUCGAUGCAGCCCAUGAAACUGCAAAUACUGGAACUAUGUCAAAUGAUUGUAAAAACACCACAAAGUUAGUGGAAAUCAAGAAAGAAAUUGGAAUUUUGCGGGAUAUUCGUUUGAAACAAAAUGCAACAUUUGUCGGCGUUGAAAAUGAUGAUGUAAAGAUCAAAGAAGACGUUGAGGGAAUUGUGGAAACGAUGAAUAAUAUUGAUAUUAGUGGAGAUGUUAUUGAUAAUCCUGUGGGGAUUAUGAAGGUUUGUGUGGGGAAAAUUUGGCAAAAACAUAUAUAAAAGCAUGUAUUUUUGCAGAAAUCUCUUGAAUAUUUCCACCCGGCCAAAAUCGAUAUCGAAAAAAUGGAAAGCGCGCGAAAUGUUCAAGUGGAAACCUCAAAAACCACCAAAAACCUCGCCGAUUUCUCAAUCUACGCUCAAAACAUCCUAGCCAUCUCCAUCUCGACAUUUGCCCUUUUCUCGCUGAUUUUCAAAUCUGAAAUUUGUCUGAAAAUCGUGAAAGUCCUUAAAUACAUUCUAGCCGUCACUAUAAUUAUCUUUGCAAUUUUCUGGAUUAUUUUGAGUAUGAAAAUGGAUUGUGAGAUUAAGUUUAAUGUCAUCGAAAUGAUCGCAAAAUAUCAUGAGAAACAGGAGAUUUCGGGAAUUUGUCAGAAAUCUGAAUCUGAGGAACGUAUUUUUGAAGCUGUUAAUUAUACCGAUGCUAAUCAUAUCAAUUUGCGAUUUGUUAGCCGAAAAUUCGGGAUUGCUGAAUUUGAGAUUGGUUUAUGGCAGAAAAUCCAACCAAAAUUGAAGGUUGCUGAUUUGAAUUUCACCAAUUUGCUGGAUAAUAUGAGCAAUUUGAGAAAUUCAACAGAUUGUUUCAAAAAAGAUGAACUGUUGAAUUGGCAGAAAAUUUCGGAAGUUUUUGAGGCAAUUGUUGAAGGGGUCGAUUUGGAAUUUGAAUAUUAUGAGAAUUCAACUUUAGAUAUCAAAAAGGCGAUUAAUGCAUAUGUUGAUGAUAGUUAUGAGGAAAUUGCGAUUCGGGUUUUGGAGGAGGCGAAACAUUUGUUGGUGAGGGUUUUUUAAAUUCAAAAUUUGAAAAAAAAUCUGAAAAUUUUGCUCAAAAAGCAUGUCGAAAUUCAAAAAAACUUGAAAUUUUCAAUAAAUCUGAUUGUAAUUCUUAUUCUAAACAUCUUCUAAGUACAAUCAAUACGAAAAAAAUAAGUUUUUUUUUCGAAAAAUUGAUCGAUGACGUCAUCCAUGGCAAAAUUAGGAAGCCUUCCUAAUUUUGCCACGGGUCAUUUUUCGAUCAAAAAACUUGAAAUUUUCUAUAAAUUUGAUUGUUAUUCUUAUUCUAAACAUCUUCCAAGUACUCGGGACUGGGGUCGCUGAAUAUGCGACCGUUGUCGCAUAUAUGCGACACGUUGUCGCACAUAUGCGACCAGCCCGUCGCAACUCAGUUUGAAAAGUUGCGACUGCUGCCGCAACGCUGUUUUCAAAAUGCGACCGAGUGUCGCAAAUGUGAGAUGAGAGUGCGACAAAUGUCGCGAAAAAAAAACAUCUGUGCGACGAAAAAAAUUGGUCGCAUAAGUUGCGACAUGGUCGCAUAAGUGCGACAACGCGUCGCAUUUAUGCGCCACGGAAAAACCUCGUCGCAUAAGUGCGACCAGACAGCGACCGCAGUCCCGAGUACAAUCAAUACGAAAAAAAUAAAAAAAUAAGUUUUUUUUCGAAAAAUUGAUUGAUGACGUCCAGACCUGGGAAUUUUUACGUUUACGUUUUUUUCGUUUUACGGUUUUUACGGGAUUUCACCGUAAAAUCCAUUUUACGGUUUUACCGCUCAAAAAAUCGUAAAAUAAUUCGUUUAAAAAAAUCACUAAAUAUAGUUUAAUUAUAGUGAAUUUUGACAGAAUCAAAUAGAAACUUUAAAAAAAAACACAACAUUUUUCAAAGAAAAUUUUGAUUUAAUCCUAACUGAUUAAUUUUUUGACGAAUAUGAAGAAUAAUAUUGUUAAAAAUGUGUUGGAGUUAAGAUAAGUUACCAACUCGCUAUUUCUGAAGAAAUUUUUUCUGUUUUUCAGUGAAAAGAUUGAGUAACAAAAUUUUACGUUUUUCUCGUAAUUUUACGGUUUUUCAAAACCGUAAAAAGUAUGUUUUACGUUUUACGGUGCCUCGUAAAAAAUUCCCAGGUCUGAUGACGUCAUCCAUGGCAAAAUUAGGAAGCCUUCCUAAUUUUGCCACGGGUCAUUUUUCGAUCAAAAAACUUGAAAUUUUCUAUAAAUUUGAUUGUUAUUCUUAUUCUAAACAUCUUCCAAGUACAAUCAAUACGAAAAAAAUAAAAAAAUAAGUUUUUUUUCGAAAAAUUGAUUGAUGACGUCAUCCAUGGCAAAAUUAGGAAGCCUUCCUAAUUUUGCCACGGGUCAUUUUUCGAUCAAAAAACUCGAAAUUUUCUAUAAAUUUGAUUGUAAUUCUUAUUCUUAACAUCUUCUAAGUACAAUCAAUACGAAAAAAAUAAAAAAAUAAGUUUUUUUUUCGAAAAAUUGAUCGAUGACUUCAUCCAUGGUAAAAUUAGGAAGCCUUCCUAAUUUUGCCACGGGUCAUUUUUCGAUCAAAAAACUUAGCAAUCCCAUUUUCCAGACAACAAUCGAUUCCUCAAAUCUUCCCUGCUCAACAAUCCACCAAUUAUUUUCCACCGCAAACUCGUCAAUUUGCAAAAAAUACUACACCAUUGACGAUUUGGCUCCAAUUCUCGUCUUCACAAUUCUCACAAAUCUCACCGCAUUGCUCAUAUUAAUCAUAAGUUCACGAAAAAUCAAUGAAUUCUCAUUUGCCUCAGGUCGCGCAACUCCAGAUUUUUCCGACUAA